UGCUCGAGUCCCCGAAGACGGACGGAGUUUUAGGACGGAGUGUGUUGCGCACCCGCGCCGCCCAGCCGCAGCGUUCGAACCCGCUUCUCUGAAUGACAGGACGCCUCGUUCCCAGCAACGGAACCCGACUGGAUGCCGCGCGCGGACAGCCUAUAACGCAUCGAGCUAACGGCGAGCUGCCCCGCCAGAUAUAGGGAGCACCACCUGCAUGCGUCCGGCUGCUUCAGCCCUGCGUGUGUCUGCCGGUCCAGCCCUGCGUGUGUCUACUGGUCCAACCCUGCGUGUGUCUGCUGCCGGUCAAGCCCUGCGUGUGUCUGCUGCCGGUCCAGCCCUGCGUGUGUCUGCUGCCGGUCCAGCCCUGCGUGUGUCUGCCGGUCCAGCCCUGCGUGUGUCUGCUGCUGGUUGCAGGGUUCCAGUGCUCAGCGCGGCUGCACGUGUGGUCCAGAGGGACGGGCACGCCGAGGCCUCCGCGCGCCGCACCGACGCUCCGCUGAGUCGGGGCAGCAGCGCGGGACUUCCUGUCUGAUUCCCAAGGACCUCGUAAAAGACAGAAAGAGAAAAGAGGACAAACCGGGGUUAGAGACGACCACGAGCAACCGGCUGUCCCCGUGGUCCCGCGGCGAGUCUGCCGGGACGCAGAGACACGAGAUGGACGUAGCGGCGGACCAGACGCGGUGGAUGCACCACCACCACCACCACCACGCCGUGCUGAACGGGCAACACCCGGACGCGCACCACCCGGGCCUGACGCACAACUACAUGGAGCCCGCCGCCCAGCUGCUGCCCCCGGACGAGGUCGACGUCUUCUUCAACCACCUGGACUCCCAGGGAAACCCGUACUACCACAACCCGGCCCACGCCCGGGCCAGGGUCUCCUACAACCCGGCGCACGCUCGGCUGACCGGGAGCCAGGUGUGCCGGCCUCAUCUCAUCCACAGCCCCGGGAUCUCGUGGCUGGACGGCGGCAAGGCGGCUCUCUCGGCGCACCACCACAACGCCUGGGCCGUGAGCCACUUCAGCAAGCCCGGCCUGCACCCCGCCGGAUCCGGCUCCCCCUCCACCCUGCCGGGCGUCUACCAGUGCGGCGGCAACUCCAACGCCGCCUGCGCCUCCUCGCUGACGCCCACCUCCCUCUCCAGCCCCCACCUCUACACCUUCCCCCCUACCCCGCCCAAGGAUGUCUCGCCGGACCCGGGGGCCGCGUCCCCCUCGUCCUCCGCCGCCAGGAUGGACGAGAAGGACUCUAUCAAAUACCAGCUGUCGCUGUCGGAGGGGAUGAAGAUGGAGGGCUCGAGCCCUCUGCGGAGCAGCUUGGUCUCCAUGAGCGCUCAGACCCCCUCCACCCACCACCCGAUACCCACCUACCCCGCCUACCCCCUGCCGGCGGCGCACGACUACGGCGGCGGCCUCUUCCACCCGGGCAGCCUGCUGGGAGGGUCCCCGUCCGGCUUCGCCCCCAAGAACAAGAGCAAGACCCGGUCCUGCUCCGAGGGUCGCGAGUGCGUCAACUGCGGAGCCACGUCCACACCCCUGUGGCGACGCGACGGCACCGGACACUACCUGUGCAACGCCUGCGGUCUGUACCACAAGAUGAAUGGUCAGAACAGGCCCCUCAUCAAACCCAAACGCAGGCUGUCCGCAGCCCGGCGAGCAGGCACCUGCUGUGCCAACUGCCAGACCACCACCACCACGCUGUGGCGGCGCAACUCUAACGGGGACCCCGUAUGCAACGCCUGCGGCCUGUACUACAAACUGCACAACGUGAAUCGACCUCUUACCAUGAAGAAAGAGGGAAUACAGACGCGCAAUCGUAAAAUGUCCAACAAGUCCAAAAAGAUCAAGCGGGGCUGCGAGAGCUACGAGGACUUCUCCAAGUGCAUGCAGGACAAGGGCUCCCCCUUCAGCGCCGCCUCUUUGGCCGGACACAUGUCCAUGGGCCACCUGCCCCCCUUCAGCCACGCCGGACACAUGCUCCCCACCCCCACCCCGAUACACCCCUCCUUCGGGCACCCGCACCACUCCAACAUGGUCACGGCCAUGGGCUGAGAGACGGAGGGGGCGGGGUCAGCACAGUGAACGCAAUGUUUAUGGAAAUUAAGACGGUUACCAAAUCUACGUGGGGGGGGGGGGGGUCUGUCACUCACCACGCCGGAGGACAAAUGUGUACGAUGUUGAAGACGUUGUUUACCUUGAAUGUCUCGCUGUAUUUGGAAGAUGCCAUGGGAGCGCUGAAAAGCAAGGAACCAGGCAAGGAGGCCCAUUUCACACCUCGCGGUUUGGCUGCCAGUUUGUUUGGAGAAGAUCGGAGAGCUAUAUUCUGCUUUCUUUCCCCGGCCAUAAACAUUGCAACAGAAAAGAAAAAUGUAAUUCCACCUCGUACCCCCCCUCCUCCAGCAGUGGUAUGUGCCCAGUAGAUGUGUGGAACUGUGAAUAUUGUACAUGUGAGAGAUUAAAAAGGGGGGGGGGGACCAGCCUUGGACAGAGACGGAGAACCCUCUUUACGCUAUUCAAUGAAAAAAUAUGCUGGAUUUUUGCUUAUGGACUAUUUUAAAGGAAAGAAAACAAAAAGUUUAUAAAUCUUAAGUUGAGACCGUUUAUUAUAAUUAUUGUUAUUAUGUUUGUAAUUGUUCAAAUAAUUUAUUUUCACAGUUUUUUCUUUUAUUAUAUCACGAUAUGGAUAUGGUUAUCCCAGUUAUGACUAUAUUUUUAGCUUUGUGAGCUGUUCAACAUUUAUACUCAUAAAAACAAAUAAAGAGAUAAGUUCAUUACGCCA